GGAUUUUCAUUCCAUUUCUCUUCUACGGCGCUCCGCCUCCGCCAUGGCCAUGGCCACCACCGCACUCCUCUCUUCCCCACUCCUCAAACCCACAGCCCCUCCACUCCGAACGCAGCCACACCACUCCCCUACCCCCAUCCACCUCCGCCUCCAGCCGCGCCGCCGCGUCACCACCUCCACCACCGCAUCCGCCGCCUCCACAUCCCUCUCCUCCGCCCGCGGCGACCCGCGCGAGGCCGAGGCGGCCGUCGCGGAGCUCCUGCGCGACCACGGGGCCUCGCCCGCCGACGCCGCCGCCAUCGCCGCCCGCGCGCCGGGGUACGCCGCCAUGCUGGCCGACGGCGUCAGGGAGCUCGACGAGCUCGGGCUCUGGGCGUCCUGGAGCGCCGGGGCGGGCGCCCGCGCGGGGGCGGAGAUGGGCGCGCUCGGGUUCGGCAGGAAGGUCUACUUCAUGGGGAGGAGCAGGCGCGACGGCGGGGUCGUCCCGCUCGUCGAGAGCCUCGGCGUGCGCCUCUCCUCCGCCAAGCUCAUCGCGCCCUACGUCGCCGUCGAGGGCCUCCCCGUGCUCAUCGAUAGGGUUAAGUUCUUGAAAGAGGUGUUAUUUUCAAGCAGUGGUUAUGAAACUCUAAUCAGACGGAAUGCCAAGCGCAUGAUGAUGCACUUAUCGAUACCUGCUGAUGAGGCGCUCCAAAGUACGCUGUCAUUUUUCCAAAAAAUGGAGGCCAGGUCUGGUGGUCUGAGCAUGUUGGCACAAGGGGAUGUAUCAUUUCCCUAUCUCAUUGAAUCAUUUCCGAUGCUCCUUCUCUGCUCAGAAGACAACCAUCUCAAGCCAUUAAUUGAUUACCUUGAAUGCAUUGGAAUUCCAAAGCCAAGGAUUUCAUCAGUUCUGCUGUCAUUUCCUCCUAUCAUCCUUUCUGAUAUUGAAAAUGAUAUCAAGCCAAGGAUCUAUGCAUGGGAGAAGGCUGGCAUUGAACAAGAAUAUAUCGGUAAGAUGUUGCUGAAGUAUCCGUGGAUUCUUUCAACAAGUGUUAUAGAAAACUACGGGCAGAUGCUUUUGUUUUUCAAAAGAAAACAGAUUUCCAGUACAGUCCUUGGUGUUGCUGUGAAAAGUUGGCCUCAUAUACUGGGCUGUUCAACAAAAAGAAUCAACUCAAUUCUGGUACUGUUUGAUGACCUGGGCAUCAGUAAGAAAAUGCUGGUCCCAGUUCUUACAUCAAGUCCACAGUUGCUGCUGAGAAAAACAAAUGAAAUCUUACAGAUUGUUACCUUUUUUGAGGAUAUGGGAUUGGAUAAGAAUGCAAUGGCAAAGAUAAUUUGUCGCUCUCCAGAAAUAAUUGCUUCAGAUGUGGAUAAUACACUCAAGAAGAAAAUUGACUUUCUUAUUGACUUUGGUGUUUCCGAGCGUAAUCUUCCUCGUAUCAUUAGGAAGUAUCCAGAGCUUUUGUUAUUGGACAUAAAUCACACAUUGCUUCCCAGGAUGAAUUACUUUCUGGGAAUGGGCUUGUCUAAAAAAGAUGUGUGCUCAAUGAUCUCAAGAUUCUCCCCACUUCUAGGUUACAGUGUUGACCUUGUUAUGAAACCAAAGCUUGAGUUUCUGUUACGAACCAUGAAGAAGCCUCUAAAGGCGAUUGUGGAAUACCCAAGGUACUUCAGCUAUUCUCUGGAGGGGAAGAUAAAACCACGGUUUUGGGUAAUCAAGGGCAGAAACAUAGACUGCAGUCUGACGGACAUGUUUGCAAAAAACGAUGAGGCUUUUGCUGAAGAGUACUUGGGAAUAGAAACAUUACCUGAGACACUACAAUCAAGCAAAGGUGGUUAAAAUACAAGCUCAUGAAACCGGAACAAUGAGCGUUCUCAGUGGCAAGGAACAACGUGGAUGGGCUCUCGGAGGUAUUUG